AUGACUGACAAUGUAAUCGCCACUGCUACUCUCCCCAUCUUUGCCCUGCCAUCAGGCACUGUUCUAUUCCCAGGAAUCACCGUCCGUGUCCCUCUCGAAUCCUCUGAAGCAACCGGUAUUGUGUCUCGCUUGAACAAACUCGCAAAGUUUAUUUCUCAGAAUACUCCCAAACUCAAAGACACAGAAUCAUUGCUUGACUCGGACACCUCCGUAGACCCAAGUAACCCCACACCUGAGCAACUCGCAGUCGAAACAAAAGCUCUUCAUUCUCUUCUUGGUCUCAAGGACUCCUUGACUGAAGGCACCCGUUCUCCUCUCAUCACUAUUGGUGUCCUUCCUCGUGCAGAUCCCUCCGAACCUGAAGAUUCUAAAUCUUCAAAUGCCGCAUACCUAACCUCCGACUUGACAAGAACUUUGUCCCCAUCCUUCCCAGCUUCUCAGGAAGCUCUUAAGUCUAUUGUCCAUCCCUUUGGUAUUGUUGCACGUGUAGCUAGAAUUGAAAGGUCACUUAAUGGCAGAGUUCAUGCUCUUUUGGAAGGUUUUAACCGCAUUCGUGUCGACCAGUUUACACAAAUUGGUACUGAAACCGAGGCCCGUGUUUCUGUUUACUCGGAAGAUGGCACUUCUGUCGACAAUAAGUUUAGCAUCUGGCCUCGUGAAGAGUUGGAGAAACUUGAGACUUUGAAAAAGGUGGCUUUGAACUUGAUUGAGUUCAUGUCUACCAAAAGUGGCUCUUACUCGGCAAACAAUAACCUUGCUGUUCGACCAGAAUUGUUGAAAAAAAUUAUCCCCCUGAUUAAACAAUCUCGCACUCGACGUGCUGCGGGGAUUUUGACCGAUAUAUUGGCUUUUAUUAUUCCCAUUGAAUACGAGGACAAAAUUAAGCUUCUUGGUGCCGUUUCGUUGAACGAGCGAAUCGAUAUGGUUACUACACUUAUUGAACAGCAUAUUGAAUCUGAAAAGAUUUCAGAAAAAAUUGACAAGUCUGUUGAAGAUAAUAUCUCAAAACAACAGCGAGAGUUUAUUCUUCGUCAAAAGCUUAACGCCAUUAAGGAGGAACUUGGCGAAAAGAAUUCCAACGGUGCAGGCUCUGGUAAGGGCGGCUUUGGAAAUAGAGCCGCAUCCCCUGAUGCUAAUGAAGAUGAAGAAGAUAUCGCCGAUUUGAAGAAGAAACUUGACACAUUAAGACUACCCGAGGAUGGACAAAAGAUUGUAUCACGCGAAUUAAAACGCCUAAAGCGCAUGCACCCUACCCAAGCAGAAUACCAGGUUUGCCGGACUUACCUAGAAACUAUUGCUGAGCUGCCCUGGUCCACCGCCACCAGUGAUCGUCUUGAUGAAAAUCCAGUUGCUCGUGCCAAGAAAAUUUUGGAUGACGAUCACUAUGGCUUGAAUAAAGUAAAGAAGCGCUUAUUGGAGUACUUGGCUGUUUUGCACCUGAAGCAAGAACAAAAGUUGAGAAAGACUGGCAAGCAGCAACAAGAAACUUCCACAGCACUCGUUCCAUACAAAAAAGAUCAACAACAGAAACAAGAUGCUGAUAAUUUCGACGUUCAUGAAAUCUCCUCUAACGACGAAGUCCUCAGUCUUGAUAAAAGUCCUAUCAUGUUACUUGUUGGCCCCCCAGGUGUUGGAAAAACCAGUUUGGCCAAGUCUGUGGCACAUGCCCUUGGCCGCAAGUUCCAUCGCAUUUCUCUCGGUGGUGUUCGUGAUGAGGCCGAGAUUCGUGGCCACCGCAGAACAUAUGUUGGUGCCAUGCCUGGUGUAUUGGUUCAAUCUCUUCGAAAAGUAGGAGUUAUUAACCCUGUCAUUCUUCUUGACGAAAUCGACAAGGUCAGCAAGAGUAAUUUCCACGGAGAUCCCAGUGCCGCUCUUUUAGAAGUUCUUGAUCCAGAACAAAAUCAUACCUUCACCGACCACUACAUUAACUUCCCUGUUGACUUAUCUAAAACCUUGUUCAUUGCUACUGCAAAUAGUAUUGACGAUAUCCCUGGUCCCCUGCUUGAUCGUAUGGAGACUAUCAACAUUGAAGGUUAUACAUAUAUGGAUAAGCAAAAGAUUGCCAAGGAGUACUUGAUUCCCAAGCAGAUCCGCAACAAUGGAUUGGCUCCGGGACAACUUGAAAUCACUGACGAAGCUAUUCUUAAAAUUGCCACUCACUAUACUCGCGAGGCCGGUGUUAGAAAUCUCGAACGCGAAGUUGGUACUUUAUGUCGAGGAAAAGCUGUGGAGUAUGCUAAGACUGAAGAAGCAGGUGGCGAGUAUAUUAGCAAAGUGGAUGUUGGCGACUUGAUUAAAUACCUGGGUGUGGAGUCAUUUGAAGACGACAUGGUGUAUGAUGAGGUUGAUGUUUAUACUGAUGCUAAAACUGGUGAACGUAAACGCCGCCAUACAUAUGGAGUUGUCAAUGGACUUGCCUACAUGGGCAGCGGAAAUGGUGGCUUGUUAAUGUUUGAAGCUACAGCAAUUCCUGGGGGUCAUGGCAGCUUGAAGACUACUGGUCAAUUGGGAUCCGUCAUUGCUGAGAGUGCUGAGCUUUCUUUGUCUUGGGUACGUGCCAACGCCUACCGUCUCGGAUUGACUUCAAGCCCUGAAGAAGAUGUAGUUAAGGACAUUGAUAUUCACCUGCACGCUCCUGCUGGAGCAGUACCCAAAGAUGGACCUAGUGCUGGUGUUGCCAUGACCCUUACCAUUAUUUCACUAUUGGCUAAGCGACCUGUUCCUAGAGACCUUGCGCUUACUGGUGAGAUGACACUUCGUGGAAAGAUUUUGGCUGUUGGAGGUAUUCGCGAAAAACUAUUGGGAGCACAUAUUGCAGGCAUCCGCCGAGUUCUCUUGCCUUAUCAUACACGCAAGGUUGUGGAGGAAGAGUACACUUUUCUUAAGGAUACCAAGCUCGAGAUUACUUACGUCAAGUAUAUUUGGGACGUGCUUGCAUUGGUAUGGCCUGAAGAACGGUUCCCCUCAGUUAUUGAUAGUCAUUUGUAA